AUGUCUGAGCUUCAAAGUGCAUACGCGCCCAACAGUCUUUUCGCCCCAAUGGACGAUCUCGAGACAUACAUACGCGGUACCUGGGAUCUGAGGCACCCGCACGACUUCUUCACACCACCACUCCCUUUCCUGGAAGAGUACAGGUUCUCAGACCCGUGGCUCAUAUUCGCCUUAUUCUCGCUUGCCAAAACAACCUCACUCGAUAUGGCACGUAAGGCAUUGCGUGAAGUACUUACACGCGAUGAGCAUGAAGGUGAAGUCACGGCUAGGGAUGUCCAGGAGGCGCGAGAUUAUGUCAUCAAAAACAUGGAGCCGGGGGAUUUGCAAAGAUACAACAAUGUCACUGUACCGGGACUGAGAAGAGAUGAACGAAGUCGUCCGGUCGAGCAGCCAGCCUAUCGCGACGCAGCAUCCGAUCACGUCAGUGAUUACGCCAUUGAGACGCCCAACCUGGUUGCCGACCCACCCGGUGCCACUUUCGACGAGCAGCUUGGACUACGGGAUGAGGCAGUGCAACUGCUUGGUGCGCAAGAGGAGUACUACGAAGCUGUGAGGCGGAAGAUGCUAUCUCGAUAUACGGCGAGGGUGCAGAAGUAUGAGAGGGAAGUCAUCCAAAUCAGGAAGCGUGUUGCGGGCGGAGAAGGGACCAGGUACAACGGAGACGAUGAACGAAGAGGUAGGGGAAACAGGGGUCAUGAGAGGGAGAUACGGGAUGGCAGGCGAAGAUAA